UCUAGACUUCUUCUAUUCCCAACAGAACUACCUAGAAUUUCCUUCUCGCUAAUCAUACAGUUAUCCUUCUUGUCUAUGUAUAUCGUAAAUCAAGCAACGUCACUUGAUAUCAUUUUUUUCCUUCUUUCUGGAGUUUUGCCCUCCACCACAAGUCCAAAUCCUGAAUUUACCCUGAAAAUGUUGUUUAAAAUUCUACGUGACUUUAACCAAGAUUUGGCUAAUUCUUCAAGCUCAAUGUUCAACAUAUUUAAAUCAGACAUGGAAGCAACUCUCACUGCAAAUUACAAAAAAUUAAAUGGUUUUGUUAGAGCCUAUGUCCUUGGCUUCAGGAGUGGCAGUGUGAUUACAGACUUUGUACUGGAGGCAAACAGUGUGAGUCCCACUGAGAUUGCCACACUGAACAGUCAGGUUGCAGUGGAUCUUCAGGCCCAGGGUUACAGUGUUGACCGAAGUUCCUUCGGUGGAGUUGUUCAAGGUAGGAUGAAAAUCACAGGCACUAAAUGGUUUGUCACUGCAGACAGAUAUACCAAGUUUCACUUGAAGUAAUUGGAACUUUGUUGACUAAGGUGAAGACUUAGGGCUCUAUCUAACGCCCUAAGCCUGUCUCUAUCUGACAAUCUAAAGCAAAGCAUAAAGCCAAGAUGCAAGAAACAUUUAUGGGCAUGUCCAAAUCCAUUUUGCUAUUUUGAUGGCAGAAAAAAGACUCUGUGUUAGCACAAGGCGCAGAACAGUUGUCAUAAUUCUCUUAAUUAUUCAGAGGUAUGUUGUGUCCAGAUGGUUGUUGGUUUAGAUCCCAUGUCCAACAGAGUAACCAUAUCAUUGUCGACCCUUUG